AUUAGGAUUGCUGGACCUGAAAGUUACUGUGACAGCAAAAUGCCACCAGUUCCUUUGCCUUAAAGACACUGCUGCUAAAUUUGCAUGCUUGCUCCCUAGAAGGACCAGCUGAGCUGAUUGUGCCCUGCCAUGUCUUUUCCUUGCAGGGGAGAGCAAGCAGAGCAUGCAAUAAAGGCAGCCUCUCUCACUGCUUCCCAUUGAGCGAGAGAGAAGGGGAGAAACAGAUGUACAGGAGUCAUCUGCUGUCACCUCCAGCUUGCCCCUGGUAGGAGUUUUUCUCAGGGAUAUUGGGAAGUGAUAGGAACUGUGUAACACAACAGUGAAGGGAAYCUGGGCCUGGGUUGAGCUUUUGCUGCAACAAGGGAACAUGAUGACACUGGGCUCCUCUUUCGGUCACUACAGACACCUCUCAGAGCUCUGGAAGAGACAGGGUAUGUCCUUGCAGGGGCGUUUGCCUAAAUACGCUAUUGUUUGGCAGCUGCCUGGAGAAGGGGCUAGGCAAGAAGACAAAGGAGAAAUGGAGAGGGAAGGUUUGAGUGCUGCAGUCACGGAGAGAGAAGGUUUGUCCUCRGGAAGGUGGGAAGGGCACAGGUCGYACCCCGCUCUGUGGCACCUGCGGCUCCUCGGGUGCUGCCCCGCGCCGGCCGCURGGGGGCGCCCUUUGCCGUGCCCUCAGCGCCGCGGGGCUCAAAGCGCGGGGAGGGCGCGGCGCUGCCACCCGACCCCGCCCGCACCUCCUGCCUCAGGCGAGGUGCCCUGACAGCACACGCUUGUGUCGGUCCCCAGGCGCAGCCACCAUGAGCAAGGGCCUCUGGCAUAUGCUUAAAACCAAAAGAGAACUCAUUCCCCUGGCUGGAAUAUUGACCAUGGCAGCAGCUGGGGCGUUCUCUUUUUGUAUCUAUUCCCUAUUCAAGCCUGAUGUGAUCGUUCACAAGUUUGGCAGUCCAGAACCAUGGGAAGAGAUUGAUCCUAGCAAACCUCAGAAGCUGGUAACAAUCAGACAGAAGUGGCAACCUAUAGAAGAGCUGGAAGAGGUUAAAAGUCUUACAAAGUGAGAAGUUUCUGUUGCCUCAAAAAGGUACCCUAUGAAUCUAGUGGAAUCACUUCUGCACAAACUUGACUACUGAAAUCAGUGUGCGGAAAUGCUUCUGCUACAUUUUUAGGGUCUUCCUACAUUUUUUUGGACUCUGGAUGAGGGGUUUGAUGUUGCUUUAGAAGCUGGCAUACAGCAUCCACAUAGUCCAAAAACCUGACUCAAAAUAUUAAUUUUCAAUAGGUAUUUGAUGUAAAUCAUUGAAUCUUCAGAUGGUAAUUAUAGAUGGAAAAAGCCUUUUUUAAUGAAAUAAAUCCUAAAUGUAUACAUUGCAUGUUCAGAAUUCAUACUAUUUUCUGUGAGGAAGAAAGCAAAAGUGAAACAACUGCUAAUUGGAAAAAGUCCCUUUAAAUGAGUAAUAGUCAAGUGCUUYAGGUUACUCUGCUGCAGCAAAGACAGACUUCAGUUAGAAAAGCUGUCUCCUGAAUUCCCAGGYAGUUUGGCUUCAGAAGCUUUAUGUUUUCUUCAACUGAGAAAAAAMAUAGCUUAAAUGUUGCAUAAAUACUUUUCAAAUAAGGAUGACUGAGUAGCAUUUAUGUUUUAGAGAGAGAGAGAACCUACUAGUUUUCAGAAUAAGUCCKUAGCUUUCAUUUUAAGGACUGACAUUAUAAGAAGAUUGGAUACCAAAGAACCACAAAAACACAGUCCUCUGAGGAAUAUAAGUUUAAUGUCUUUUAAUACAGAAAAUAUUCCAUGUUUCUACUGGACACCACAAAAACCAAAGUGCGGUGCUGUGCUCUGAGUGGAUGCAUUAAUUUAAUGAGUUUGUUCUUCAGUAAAUCACUUGUUUGAUCUGCAUACUAUUUGCAGAGUAUCUGUCAACAUUGGGACUUAAUUGUAAGUAAUUUUUAGUUCGUUUUUGUACUUAGCCAGAUUUUAGUGAUGUUUCCAGCAGCAAUUAAGCAGAGUGACUGCUGUCAGUCACACGUUUUUGUUUCUCUUAUUCUGUCCUGAAGCAUAACAGCUCUGGUAAUAAACUGUGUUGCUUUGUUAGCUGUUUUGUUUUUCUUUAUUAAUAUAGAUUUUUGGGACARUUUUCACACAAUGUAAGGAAUCAAAAUAUUUUUCUGCACUUCGAAAAAAAAACAUGAAUAUUGUUAAAGUUUUUGGAAUUUUGUGUCUUCUCUGACUGUCCCUGAAAAUGUGUCUGCUGCAUAGAUGAGGAUUUUUUCUUACAGUAAUUGCCCUUGGUGUACUCAUAUGUCCCCCCUCAACUACUCGACAAACCUAUAAAUCAAUAUACAAAUUMAUUCCUUUGUUCUACAAAUAGUAAAGAUUCAAUUGGCUGAAUUCUAUGAGCAGAUGUUUGAGAACAGUAAGACUUCCCUGAUCCAUGUUAUGCAAACCCAUGACUUUUUAUUCCAUGAGCAAUUUAGAGGCUAUUGAAAUAAUUUAACUCACUURUUUCUCUCCAUUCUGUUUCUGUCCUACUCCAUUCUGGUUUUGGUCUUGAUUUUGGUUUUUGGUUGGUUUUGGCUUCUUUUUUUAACAAUCGCUAUCUUUGCUCACCCUAACUAGUACAUUCCCAUGGAACUAUAUCGCUUCCAAAUUUCAUACUAAUUACAAACUUUAAUAAAAAUGCUCACUAGCUUGUUAGAAUUCAAAUAUGGGUUAAAAACCAUUAAAACAUGUGUUUAAUAGUUCAUCUAUCGUUAUGCUUUUCUAACUUUCUCAGUAGCCUAUUUGUAAAUAACUUUCUGGAAGAACAGAAGAAUAGAAGGUUGCCUUUUGCAGUGUACAUACAGUGAAUUACUGAUUUUUGUUACUGCAGUAGUACUUCAAGGCCUUGAAACU